AUGGCUUUGAUAACUCUUUUUCGCAGGCAAUGUUGGUGGAGAAUAUGGGUCGUUCAAGAAGUUGUCUGUGCCAAAGAAGCAAUUGUACUUUGCGGGGACGAGAGUACACCUAUAAUGGAGCUUCGUAACACCGGCGAUAUAUUGAAGAGAGAAGAACACUUACUGCUGUCUAUCUACUUAAAAUCACCAUCAUUUGUACGAACUCUUACCACUGGGGGACCAAAAAGCUUGCAAGUGUCAAGAGAUCAGGUCCCUGAUGCCGUCAGCUCUCCUCUUUUUGAGCUUUUGCUUUUCCACAAGAGUAAGAAGUCAUCAGAUCCAAAAGAUAAAGUGUACGCAUUGGCAGGGAUAUCAAACUCACCGGAAACCUUUGGUAAAAUCGAUUAUUCCUUGUCAAUGCGACGGGUACAUACGCAUACUGCGAGACAUAUAGUUCAAGAUUCUCGAAGACUGGAUGUUAUAUGUGUCAACCAAAGAAAUCAAAAAGCGCCCGACAAUGACGGCCUUCCUUCAUGGGUACCGAAAUGGACAAGACCUCCUCAAAGCUGCCAGCCCACAAUAAUCGGACUUCAACAUAGCAAGCCCCAGUUCAUGGCUGCCGUUGACAGUCAUGCUAAUGCGCAGUUUCUUCAAGAUGGAUAUGUUUUGAGACGUACUGGUGUCAUUAUAGGCAGAGUCCAAAAGAACGGCUUAUCCUUCAGAAGAGAAUUAAAAUCUAGUGAUAACAAUAGUUGGGGUCUGAAAGUUCUACAAGAAUGGUGGAGUAUCGUUGUCUUUAAGAAAAGACCCUCCUACGAGAGCAAGGAGCAUUCCGUAGAAUGA